AGUCGACGGCGGCACGCGGACCGACGGGGACGGUGGUGACUUUCAGUGGGAACAUUCAGUGACUUACAGUGACAGGUAGUGGGAGCUUACUGUGACAUACAGUGACAUAUAGUGGAAACUUACUGAGUGACAUACAGUGGCAUACAGGACGCGGUGAGCGGAGACGGCCAAGGACCGACCAGUGCAGGACCGUACCGAUUUAACAGGGGACAGACGGACUGAAAUCUGAGACGGUCACAGGUGGCUCUCUGCACUGCAGUGACUUACGGACAUUGACAAUGAGCAGAAACUGGACACAGAGACGGGACUACUCGCCUCUGACUGCAGAGCGAGGCGAACAGGGAGAAAGGUGGUGAGUGCAGAGGCGGACUGAGACCAGUCACUGAGACGGCCGAACGGACGAAUAACUACAAACGGGCACGGACAGUGUGUAUGUACUUAUACGGACGACAGUAGAAAGUAAGAGGACGACUGACACAGUCGAAAGCGCACAUAGACAGUCGUAAAUACCUGAAAUGGACAGAAGUGUGUACGUACCAGCGGUAGAGUCCUGAGGGGAGUGGAUCUGAGGGCAGUCUGUUUCAGGAUCCGGUGCCGACAGGACCCGGAGUACGAGAACGAUGACGUCGGCCGUGAUGUGCGACUUCCCGAUCAUCGACAUCAGCGAUAUAGCCGAGUCGCGGGAGGCUCCCUCUGCCGAGGUGCUCCUCGCCGUCGGGCAAAGAGUGGUGGACGCUUUCCAGCGAUCCGGCUUCGUCUACCUACGAGGUCACGGCAUCGAUGCCAACCUCCAGAGAGAAACCUUCGCCGCCUCGCGAGACUUCUUCGCGCUCGACGAGGCGUCGAAGCGGCGUUUUGCGCGUUUCGAGAAGACGGGCUUCAACGGUUACACAGCUGUGGGAGGGGAGAACACUGGACGACUGACCGAGGCUGAUCUGCUGGAUUUGAAGGAGUGCUAUGACUUUCAGAUCAUCGGUCAGGACUACCCGGACUCGGUGCUGCCCGGCUUCUGCCAGCAGCUGGAGCAGCUGGCCAGGGCCUGCUGCCUGCUGAGCGGCCGGCUGCUGGCAGCCGUGCAGGAGGUGCUGCUGGACCAGCAGCCGGCGGCUGACAGCCAGCAGCAGACGGCUGAUCCUCAGCAUCAGCAGCAGAUGAACGGUAACCAAGAGACUGAUCACAGCAAGAUCCCCAGCGACCUCUCUGAUCAACCGUCGCAGCUAGACUCCAACAAACUCCCGACUGAUCUUCACCCGGUACCAGACGCCCCUCUGACCACCAGUGAGCCGUCGCUGACCUCCCGCGGCCCCCUGACCUCGGCCCACCGUCGGAUGCUGGAGCCGGGCGGCUGCUCGGCUCUGAGGGUCCUCAACUACCCCCCGGUACCGGAGGGCGCUGCUGAGGCCGGCGCUGUCCGCUGUGCGGCUCACACCGACUACGGCAGCCUGACGCUGCUCUUCCAGGACCAGCUCGGAGGACUGGAGGUGGAAUCGGCUGACGGCGGCUGGCGUCCGGCUCCCCCUCUGGAGGACGCCAUCCUGGUCAACGUCGGUGACCUCAUGGAGGUGUGGUCCUCGGGUCGACUCCGCGCCACCAAACACCGCGUGGUCGUGCCCCAGCAGGAGCUGCUGCGCCGGCGCGCCCGGCAGUCGAUCGCGAUGUUCGUCGAUCCCGACGAUGACGUUCUGGUGCGCCCUCUGGACGACGACAAGCGGUUCGCGCCGGUCAACUGUGGCAAGUCGCUGCGGGAGAAGUUUGCCAAGACGUACCCGGCGUUUGCUGAGUGGCAGCGCUCGAGAUGUGAGGAGAAUGAAAAGGCUAGGGCGGAGUAGUGAAUUCACCACAGUAUAGACAGGAGGAUUAUAUGAGGCUGCGAUAUAUCACGCCCGUUGAUUGAAAACUGUUGGGUUGCAGAUGCUGUUUCCGAGAUCUGCAGCUGUGUUUGUAUUUGGGGCUCACCCCACGGGGAUGACUUACUCUGUCUGAACAGCGAGUAGCUGGACGAAAAUUACAUAUACCCAACACACAGAUGCUACCAAUUGUGAGAAUGUGGAACUCUGCACUAUCUCCUUUCGUACUUCAGUGCGAGUACAGACAAGGUAGCACUAUUUUUCAUCGAUUAGUAGUUAGCAGUGGACUUUCAUAGGCAGUAUGGCCAGUAUGGCAUGAAGUAGUUCAGAAGUUAUCAGCUAUACCUACAUGUGGUAGUUGCCAGUUGGCCGGGACGCUCGUUGUAUUUACAGCUUAGCCCUCGCCCUGGCAGAGGGGGGGUCGAUGCGACCCCCCCCUAAGGUUUUUCGAAGAUAGCGUAAAAACGGCGGCGCGCAGCGCCGCCAAAUUUGGCACAGCCUAUGGGGCAACCUUUUUACAUAUGACCUGAAAAUUUCAGGUCCGGGUGACCUUGGGUCAGGUCACCAGGUCAGAAAAACCGGUACAAGGUCAUGGUCAAAUUUCAAUUUUCUUUUUGCACCUGUCCAACUCACAGUUUUUCACUGAUUUCCUUCAAACUUUCAGGAUGUGCUAAGUUCACCGAGUUGUAUAACAUAUAGUUCGGGUUUUUUGAGGUCACUGACCUGAGGUCAGUUAGAGGUCAUUACGUCGUAAUGUUAAGCCUAUGGGAAAAUACUAAAUUCGGAAAAUACUGGAGAUAUCCGCUUCGUUCUAUCAUUUUUGUGCUUUGAAACCACAGUACUUAACAGCAGGUCACUUGGUGCUUCUUUGUUUGGUGUACUUAUCCAUGGGUCAGGUCAAAUGAGGUCAACUGAGGUCAAAUGACGUUUUUGCCAAUAACCUGGCACAUAAUGACGCUAGAGCUUAAAAAAUGGCAUCAUUGUGUUCCUGGUGAUUAGCCGAAUCGAAUGAUAUACGAUAUGACGCAAUUUGGUUAAGUUGAACUUAAUUUAUUAAUUUAAGUUUACUUAAAAUUUAAGAAAAACUUUAAGUACACUUAAGCAAGCUAAAAAGUAUAUCAUUCGACGCGCCUUGACGUGCUGAGUUCACUGGUGCCUUUCUUUUUGCUCUAUCUUAAUUAGAUCAAAAGUUAUAAGCGAAAAACUUGUAACCUGUUUUUAGCGAAAUUUUUACAUUUAUACCCCCCAAAACCCCCCUAAAUAAUGACCUAGAGCAACCAAAUUUGCACAGGGGCGAGAACUCCAGGGGGCCCACCUACCUACCAAAUUUGGUGUUUCUAGAUGCCAUAGGAGCCAAUCGCGAGGGGGGGGGGGGGUCGCAUCGACCCCCCCCCCCUGCCAGGCCGUGUUAUGAAAAAUGCCCUGCCAGGGCGAGGGUUAGAUACGUACGGGUGCCGCUUUUGUUGCUCCUGUGCGGUUUUGCACAUCGUAGUUUCACAUUACUUGCAUCGGAUAAGGAUGUAGGCUGUAUAUUUUCAGAAUAUACGAUAUCAAAGAUAA